CGGAGCUGGUCGGGAUGAGUGGCGGAGGGACGGAGGCCCCUGUGGGUCGUGAGACCCUCACGGGUGGCGGCGGCGGCAGCGGCAAGAAGAGGGACUCGCUGGGGACUGCGGGCUCAGCACAUCUCAUUAUUAAGGAUCUUGGAGAAAUUCAUUCAAGGCUUUUGGAUCACAGACCAGUUAUUCAAGGUGAAACUCGUUAUUUUGUAAAAGAAUUUGAAGAAAAACGUAAUCUGCGAGAAUUGCGGGUUCUUGAAAACCUAAAGAACAUGAUCCAUGAAACAAAAGAACAUACUCUUCCCAAAUGCAGAGAGACAAUGAAGGACAACUUGGAGGAAGUUCUCCAGAGAUUGCAAGCUGCUAAUCAAGCUGUGUGUAGACUCCAGCAGAGGGAGCAGGAACGGAAAAAGAUAUAUCAUGACCAUUUAAUAAGUAGUGAGAAACAGCAUCUACUCCAAUGGGAGGAUUUCAUGAAAGAACAACCUUACAGACAGACCCAGGUGGACGAAGAGCACAGAAGAGCCAUGGAGAGGCUAAAAGAGCAAUAUGCCGAGAUGGAGAAGGACCUUACAAAGUUCUCCACCUUUUAAGAACUUGAACAACAGCAAGACAAACAAAUGAGAAGACACUGACUUUCCCUCAAAUACACAACCAGCUGUCUACCCUUUGCUUAUGCUUAGCAAUACAUUCAGGGACACACUGCUGUAGAGCGCCCAAUCAGAUGUCCUGUUCUAAGUGCCUAUCUAUGAUCAUUCAAAGGAGGAGGGAAAAUAGGAUAGAUUCACUCUGUGGUAAUCAGAAUUGGUCUUUUCCAAUGAUUAGUUGAGAGAACUGCAACUAUAGACUUCUUAGAGAAUCCAUUCUCACACAGGAUUACAGGGUUAAUAUGAAUUUGUGGCUUAAAAAGCUGGUAUGAAUUAUAUGCUGGUGGCUCAGGCCUGUCAUCCUAGCUGCUCAAGAGGUUGAAAUCUGAAACCUUAAGGUUCAGAGCCAGAUGGCACAGACAAGUCUUUGGGACUCUUACCUCUAAAUAACUAGCAAAAAGCCAGAAGUGGACCAUGGCUCAAGUGGUAGAUGGCCAGCUGUGAGCGAAAAUGUCAUGAGAAUGCAAGGCACUGAGUUCAGGCCCAAGCACCAACACAUACACAAAAGGAGUAAUGGGAAGGGCAAAAAAAUGAGGUAUGGUAGCUACUGCCUCCGUUGCUAUGAGAGAUAAGAAUGCUUAAAAGUAUUAGCUCAUGAGUAAUGUGAACAAAACAAGGGCAAAAACAAGUUGGCCUUGGAGCAAGAACACAUAUAAAAGAGUCCAAAUAUUGUCCCUCCCAUGGCAAAGGUGUGACGGUCUUUGAACUACCUAUUGGGGAAGCUUGCAGAUUUUCCAGUGCAGCACAGUGCUGGUGUUUCAUUGAACAAGACAUUUGUGUUCUGUGGCCUUCUCACCCUUAAUAUUUUCAUCUUACAAAACACAGGAGGAAAUGCUUACCAAAAAUAUUUUUUACUUGUAGCCUUUCCAAGAACCAUAGUCUUGCCCAUAGUAUUUACCUCAUUUUUGUGUCUGUUUUGCUGUGGGUAAGCUUCAUAAGGCAAAUAAUGUCUCUACGUAUUUCAGCUGUUUAAUGAGUAAUCAGCAAAAUCUGCCAAGUCGUCUCUUGGGAACCAUUUAAAGAUUCUGGCUGUGAAUGAACCAGAAGUGUUUGCCCACAUGGCAAAUGAUCCGUGUUAAAUGUAAAUCCUUUUUAGUGUUAAUGUCUGUUCUCAUAAGCAGGUGUAUUAUGAUGAAACAGUACCAAUUCUGUUAGCACUGUGAUCUUUACAAAUCCACAUUUGAACACAAAAGCACAGCAAUGGUGCCCAGGCCCUGAAUUCAAACUCCAGGACUGGCACGUGCGCACACACACACACACACACACAUGCACGCGCACACACGCACACACGCACAAAAUAAUACACAUUGAACACCUAGUUGAAGACCUAAGCUGCUUUACAUGCAGUAAUUUCAAUAGAGUUAUUGUAAAUUAAUUUGAGGUCUGGAUAAAACUUCAUAAUAUUUUUAUUGCUCUUCAGUUAAAAAAGAAAAGGUACAAGGAAGGAAACUGUCCAGCUCCUCUGUGUUAUCUCAGUGUUGCAACUGGA